GUGGAACUUACUGAAAAGUUAAAUGGAAGACAUAAGAAUCACCAACCUCAACGUCGAAAAGAAGACAAUUACAAGCCUACAAUCCAGCGGAGUCAUUACCCUAAAAGAAGUCGAACACGCUAACCUCCACAAACUCCACGAAGACAUCACCCAACUCCAAGUCGACAAGAUCCGAACGGCCUUCGAUGACGUCAAAGAGAUCUCAGAUUCAUACUCCAAGUUCUUAAAGAACCCAGUCGAUAUAGGAAAGGGCAGGCAGAGGCAGACUGUUCAGUUGGUAAGAGAUCCUGGUCAAGAAAUUGAAGAGGGUGGUGAAGAGUAUUUCUUAGAUGAGGUCUUUGGUCUAGGGGAGGUUAUAGAGAUAGUUGGGCCCUCUGCUUGUGGAAAGGGCCAAAUUGGUUAUCAACUGUGCUUGAACUCCCAAAUUCCAAAGGAACUUGGAGGUAUUGAGGGAGAAGCUCUCUAUGUUGACACUAAUGGGGAUUUCUGAGAAGAAAGAGUUCUCGAGAUGGCUAAGUGAUUCCGAAUGAAACUAAUGAAGUCACUUGGAAAAGAUGAUGAGCUUGAUGUUAAACUUAAAGAAAAAUACACAGAGGAAAAGAUCCUUGAACGAAUUUAUCAUUUUAGAAUCAUGGAUGAAGAUGAUCAGACUAGCUUCUUUAUUUCACUUGAGAAGAUCUUAAAAUCGAAUAAGAAAAUUAAAUGUAUCUAUUAUGAUCCGAUCAAUAUCCACUGAUCUAAAGCAGAGAGAGGGUACCAAGAAAGAAAAAGGAUUAUAAACAACGUUCUGAUACACUUCUUAAGACUUUCAAAAAGGUUUCAAGUAUGAUUUGUUCUCACAAAUAUUUUAAAAAGCGUGAGAAAGUUCUAUAAAGAAUCAGAGCCUACGACUAAGCUUGAACCGAACUAUGGAGAAAUCUUAUUCCAAAGCUGAACCAACAGGGUGCAUAUAGACAGAGACUCUAAGAUUGGUGAUGACAUCUUCAAAGCUACACUUACUAAAGGAAGUAUGUUUUACGAAAGAACUAAAGAAUUUCAUAUGCAUUUUCAAGUGAAAGAGAGUGGGAUAUCUGGCAGAAUAAGCUAAUUUCAAUAUUAAAGACUUUUUAAGGGG